UUAUACUUUGGGCUAUUGUACACGGUCAAAGUCACGAAAGAUCUAAAGAAGAAAUAAUUUUGCUGAUAACGGAUGAUAUUUAAGCCAACGGGCGCGUGAGAUACUUAUAGUUAGCCGUAUCUGUCCUUAAUAUACCUUUACUUUCCUCAGCAUAUACAGACUUUCCAGAUUUUCCGAAUAUAUUAGACACUAAAAAAAAAGUAUAUAUAUAUAUAUAUAAAUUGAUUUUCAAGUUAUUCACAAAUCAGUUAGGGCUCUUGUAAAGACGACAAAUCAUGUAAAAGUAGCAAGUAUAAAAUGGUGCUUAGAACGAGAUUUGGAGUGGUGUUCGUCACCCUAUCGAUCUAUACCGGCCUGAUAUUCCCAUCUGAAUUUGAUACUCCCAAUAAAACAAGUAAAUGCUACAACACAUCGUUCACACGGCAUUUGCUGUCCACAAUAGUGUCUCAAUAUUAUAAUGUUUGGUUGAGAAUAGAAGAGUCGUAUUUUGAAGGAAAAGUUACCAUAUCAUUCGAAUUACUUGAAAAAACGGAAAUAAUAGCUUUCUAUGUUAGCUACUUGGAAAUAGACCUACAAUCGAUAGUGCUUUCGCAAUAUAAUCCAAACUCCGCUGAAGUAGAGCAACCUAAGGAUAUUUAUCAUUGUAAAGCGACAAACACUGUAACGUUGUUAUUCGACGAGCUUAUAUGUCCCGAAUAUUAUAACAUAACCAUGAGGUACAGAGGCUCCCCGUAUGAAAAAAAUGGAUUCCACCGGAUCAAACAGGAAAAGGAAAAAGAUAAUGUAACCUGGUCAUACGUGACGAUGUUUGAAGCAGGCAACGGGGAAUAUAUAUUUCCAUGCUGGAAGAAAGAAGUAAUUUCUAAACCGAUCUUUAAAAUCUCCGUCGAAUAUUUGGGUAGCUAUCGGGUCUUCUCUAAUAUAGUAGAAGAAAAAUAUGAGCGGGUAGGAGAAGACACAAUACAGACGAUUUUCAAACCUGCGCCCGUGAUAUCCACCGAUUUAUUGACAAUCGCUGUUAUCAAGUUGGAUGAGUUAUCUGAAUCACAGUAUAACAUAUGGUUCGAACAAGAAGGUACCAAUAAGACGGAUUCACUUGUGAGGUCCGUCAUUUACAUAGCUGAUGAAUUUUUAACACAAUACACACAGACACGCUUGGAAGUUUCGAUAAUUGUGAUUUUCUCCGAUGUCCUGCGAAAUACAAUAGGGGCCAGACAACUCGUAUUUUUGAGGGAGGGUGAUCUCAUCUACGAUAGAAAUAUACAAUUUGCCGGUCGUAUACUGGAGAUAUGGAAGACGAUAGCGUACGCAAAAGCAGAGCAAUACAUUCAAAGCUUCAUCAAUCUAAAUAACUGGUCUGAUGUGUGUUUCAGCAAGGCACUUGCAUUAUAUCUCAGUUAUAAUAUCCUUGGAUAUCAGAGUUUUAAUUCCAAGAAGAUGAUGGAGCUUUUUGUAGUGCAGGUUCAACUGCCCGCUAUGCAUAACGAUAUUGCUCUCAAGGUGCCAUCUAUUACAGACCCAUAUGACCCAAUUUAUUCCAUUUUCGUUUACAAGAAAGUAUCCGUAUUAUUAAAGAUGAUAGAGCAAAUUGUUUCAAAAGAGGUGUUCCAGAAAGCCGUUGCUGAGUAUUUACAUAUAUAUGCGUAUCGAUCCAGUACACCAAUUGAUUUCUUCAAUAUUUUGAGUAAAUUCAAUAAAUCUGGAUAUAUGAUAACAGACAUAAUGUCCAUCUGGCUAUCGCAGAGAUACUAUCCUAUAGUAAUAAUUGUACAAAAUCCCUAUACCAAAACGUAUUACGUAUAUAAUGAGAUAAAACGUGACUUCCACAAUUCAAUCAAAUGGCCAGUUCCGCUGACUUAUGCUACGAAGAAAGAUCCUCAAUUCAGCCAGUAUGCUCUUAUAUAUUGGAUGAAUUACAAUUACACGAAAUGGAAUUCUUAUCUAGAAUUAACAUUGGACAAUGUAGAAGACUGGAUUAUAUUAAAUGUACAAUAUUUUGGUUACUACCGUGUUCGUUACGAUAAUUCAAAUUGGUUGAAAAUUGCACAUUUCUUGAAAGAAGACUACGGAAAGACUAUUCCUGUUUUAAAUCGCGUUCAACUCAUCGACGACGCAUAUCAUUUCGUAAUGAUGGGUACAAUGGAUUACAAGUUUUAUUAUGAGAUAAUUGACUUCUUGAGAAACGAAACUGAUUUCAUAGUAUGGCACUCUAUGAUGAAUGUGUUACAUUAUACGUCGCCUUUCUUUAAAUUCCCAGAGAGUGAAGGUUUCAAGGACUUCAUAAUGGACAUCAUGAAUGAUGCAUUGACGCAGAUAGGAUACGAUGAGAAACCUACUGAUGAUAAUAUGUUAAAAAGUACGCGAUUGUUACUCCUCAAUUGGAUGUGUAACCACGGCAAUGACAAAUGCAAACAGUCGGCCAGCGAUAAAUUAAGAGCAUACGUGAAAUAUGCUAAAGAAUCACUAAUUUUACCGGGCUGGAAGAAUUGGGUAUAUUGCGCAGGCGUUAUGAAGCCGGAUCGGGAGUUAAGGAGACUGAUAAGGAAUAAAAUGUUGUGCGAGAUUGAUGAAAAUGUGGUCCAAUAUCUGAGCUGUUACGACGACGAUAACUCGAUACAGAAUUUGUUGACUUUGGUUAAAUCUGAUAAUAUCAUGUCGCCAUUGGAUUAUGUGCAAGAGGAGAACUUAUAUCGUGCCGUUGUGAAGAAGCACGCAAGAAAGUCUAAAAUAUUAGAUUUUUUGUUGGAAACUAUGGUUCAUCUAUCACCAGGUAACAUGACCCUUCUCGAGAAAUUAGGCCACGUUAUCAUGAGCGUUUAUUCUAAAUGCCAACUAGAAAAGAUUAAGAAAUUCGUAAACAAUAAUAUGAAUUUGGAUGAAGCGAUGUAUGAAGUUAAACGUAUAUUAACGAGACAAAUGUCACAAAUAUCUAAGCAGAGGGAUAUGUUUAUUUAUCGUUUCCCCUACGUUGCAAAGCAAAUUAAAUAUAUUGAAAUGAUUGAAACAAGAAUUGGCGUAGCACUCCUCAGUCUGUUGCUCAACAUUGGAAUCAUAUCUGUCGUUGCAACUGACAUUAAUACGCGCCAAUGGGGAUAUUGUACUUUGUAUCCACAUGAAAUAGAGCCAUAUAUUUAUUUAGUGGAUAACAUAAUACCGCAAAUCUACCAUAUCAAGUUGAAAAUAUACCAAAGCGGUUUUGAUGGAGACAUUACUAUAGAAAUUGCAAUAUCAGCUGCAGUUCAGGAAAUACGUUUGCACGUACACAACCUGUACAUAGAAAAGGAUACGAUAACGUUGAUAGAACAGAAAGAUUUAAACCAAGGAUAUAUGAUCGGAACACUGAAGGCAUACAGUUAUUGCGGUGACGCGCAGAUUUUAAUUCUGAAAUUCGACAGUUAUGUACGUCCAGGGCUUUAUAAACUAAGCAUGAAAUAUAGAGGAGUAUUAAUGGAGGAACGCCUAGGUUUCGUCCAGACUGUACACGAAGUCGUACAAAAUAAAAAAAAAAUGAGCAAGUGGUCGUAUAUAACUGACUUUGAACCGUAUAAGGCGCGACUCAUAUUUCCAUGUUGGGACGUGCCAUCAUACAAGACACCGUUCAACAUUUCCAUCGAGCAUCAGCAGGAUAUCCAAGUCUUCUCGAAUAUGCCGCACAAAAGAAAUAUCAUAUUGUCAAACAUGAAUAUGUUGACGAUAUUUGAACUUACACCCCCGAUGUCUACUUAUCAAGUGACGAUGGCUAUUAUUCCAUCCGACAACAAAUACUCACUGGAAGAUAUAUGGUUCAGUUCAACUAUGACUUCUGAAACAUUUGAACUAGUGGAAGACAUCAUUGACGCGACCGAGACUUUCUUGAUUUAUUAUACGGAAAAUCUCUGGCAACGUUUUAUAGUCAAGAUCAUCGGAUAUCCGCAUCUCCCGAUGAAAUCUACAGGAAGUAUGGGAUUGGCAGUUUUCAGAGAAAGCGAUCUCCUUUAUAUGCCAGAAUAUCACUUUCCCGGUCGCACACUCGAUAUAUGGAAGCUAAUUACGUACGAAAUGGCACGACAGUGCACUGAAAAUGUCCUCAGCCCAAUUGAUUGGCCUGACCUGUGGUUCAGCAGAGCACUUGCCUUGUUUUUCAGUUAUAAAAUCCUCAUGGAGGAUUUUAACGAAGUAGAGACGAUGCAACUCUUUGUAGUGCAGAUUCAACAGCCUGCUAUGUAUAACGAUGUUGCUCUCAAUGUGUCAUCCAUCGUGCACAUAUACGAAUCGAAUUAUUAUUAUUGGCGUAAUGUUGCUCCUUAUCCUAAUUUACGAUACGAUCUGAUUUAUUCUCCAUUCAUUUAUAAGAAAGCAUCUGUAUUAAUGAGGAUGUUGGAACAUAUCGUUACAAAGCAAAUUUUUCGAGAAGCUUAUAUCGAGUACUUGCAUAGAUAUAUGAACAAAUACAUCUCACCAAAUAUUUUCUUCGCGAUCAUAAAUAAUAAAAUGCAUGAAGCAAUGAAAACACACAUUGACAUAAAGUCCGUAAUGCACAUAUGGCUAUUGCAAAAAAAAUAUCCUACGUUAAUGGUUAAACGAAAUUACAAUUCAAAUUCGAUGACUGUUACGUGUUAUAAUGUGGAACACACUUUUCGUAGACAACAUGUAUUGUCGAUACCAAUAACUUAUGCUGUGUAUACACCCGAGUAUUCUAGUUUAUACAUGAAUAAUUCGGAACUACUAUGGUUAAAUGAUAAUUCUUCUGUAGAAAUUACUCACAUCAAUCAGAACCAAUGGAUCCUAUUAAAUAUACAACAGUUCGGUUACUAUCGUGUGAAUUACGAUAAUCAGGAUUGGCUGAGAAUAGCAUCUUUUCUAAAUAACAGCAAUUACAAACAGAUACACGUUCUAAAUCGUGCUCAAAUUCUCGAUGAUGCGUAUUAUUUUCUAAUGGAGAACAAUAUGAAUUACCACACUUACUAUUGCCUGAUCGCAUACCUAAGGAAAGAAACCAGUUUUAUAGUAUGGCAUACUAUGAUGAAUGUCCUGCAUUACAUGUCAUCUUUCUUCAAAUUCGCACAAAGUUUUAACUUUAAGAAAUACAUGUUGCGUAUCAUGGACGAGCUUAUAAUAACGGAAGUGGGAUAUUAUGAGAAGAAUACACAUAAUCUCCGAAAGAAUGUUAUGCGAUUAUUACUUCUGAAUUGGUCUUGUAAACACGGUUCUGACCGAUGCAGACAAGAAGCCAAUAACAUGUUGGCAAAACACAUCGAAGAUCCCGUAAAAUACCCAAUUUUACCGUGGUGGAAGGACUGGGUGUAUUGCGCGGGCUUGAUGAAAACAAAUAACACAAUUUGGAAUAGAGUGCAGAAUAACAUCAAGCACGGAAAUAACUUAGAUAUGUUAUAUAAUUUGGCCUGUAACGAUAACAAUGACAUGAUAACAAAUCUUUUGACAGCAGACAUCUUUAAAACAGACAAUGAGUGGCUAUAUUUGAACAAUGAACAGCAGAGGAAAUUAUAUCAGGCUAUUCUGAAGAAACACGCAAGAAAAGACAAAAUACUCGAUUUUAUCUUGAAAAAUUUCGAUUAUAUACCUUCCAGUGAACUAAGCAAUAAAUUAGGCAAUGUGGACAAAUUAGUUGAAAUCAUCAUGAAUGUGUAUUCCAAAUACCAACUUGACAAGAUCCUGAAAUACGCAAACGAUAAUCCUACCAAGAUCAAAAUAACACCGGACAAAAUUAAAUAUUUAAAAAAAAUACGAUUUAAUCAAAUAUAUUCUGUAAAGCUCAUUUCGAUUUUUGAUUUUGAUGACAAUGAGCUUACAUCUAUGUAAGUUAUUAACCGGCAAAAGAACAUGUUCAACAGUCCUGCUUGUCCCAUGAUAGGAAUACAGAAGAAUGUUAAUUUCAUACCGCCAUAACAACUGUACACGUGUCCUAACUCGUACAAAUAAAUUUUUGUGUUGAUUUUAAAA